UGACAUUUUCGGCCACCAGAAGAUCUAUGACGUAAUUGUUUGUUUCCAUCAUCUUCACAUGUCACUGAAGAGUUAGAAGAGACACUAGGCCAUUAACAUGAGUCUUUUCACCAAAAACUUGACUCCCAAGGAGCAAAUGAGAGAACAACAGAAAAUCUUGAGAAGAGCUCAGCGAGAUCUUGAUAGAGAUAAGAGAGAUUUAGAUAGACAAGAAAAGCAGCUGGAAUUAGAAAUUAAAAAAGCAGCCAAAAGAGGAGAUAAAACAACUUGUACUAUUCUAGCAAAACAGUUAGUGCAAGUAAGAAAACAGAAGACAAGAAAUAUAACUGCUGGUUCAAAAAUACUUGGAGUUAGUGCCCAGACUAAAAGUAUACAAGCUAAUGCCAGCUUAGCAUCUGCCAUGUCUAAAACUUCAAAGACAAUGGCAGCAGUUAACAAACAAAUGAAGCCUGAACAAGUUAUGAAGACUAUGCAAGACUUUGAAAAAGAAAGUACUAAAAUGGGAAUGGCUGAAGAAAUAGUGGAUGAUACAUUAAAUGGUAUCCUGGAUGAAUCUGGAGAUGAAGAAGAACAAGAAGCAAUUGUAACCCAAGUUUUAGAUGAAAUUGGAAUUGAAAUAUCUGGAAAAAUGUCUGAAGCUCCGUCCGCUCACCACAGUAAAUUGGGAGAGAGCUCCAAAGUUAAUCUGCCUACGGAUGAUGAGAUUGAGAAGCAGUUAGCUAAACUGAAAAUGUAAAUAUUUGAUUAUAUAAAAAAAAAGUAAUUAUUGCUGUUAAAAUAUUUUCAAAUUAUUUGUUUUAUAAAAUUGUGUAAUUAAAAGAAAAAUGUAGAAGUUUUGUAAACCAU